UGUGACGGGUUUGUUGACGAGGAGGUCUACAACCAUAUCGACGACGAUAACGAUGGGGAAAUCGAUGAGGAUCUAACAGAAGACCGUUUCGUAUCACAUUACCACAUUGACCCAUGGGAAAUUGUUUGCAGUAAAAGCAAAUUUGGUAACAUAAUGAGUCUGACAUACGACGCUAGAAUUCUGUGGGCAAAUGUGUCAGCCGUGUAUAACGAGGGAGAAGAUGCUGGCGCAUGCGCAUUUCUCCACAGUUAUGCCACAGAGUAUCGGAGAGACGUCAUGCUCGAUGACGCAGCUGAAAGGAAUAGAUGUGGAAUUGCGAUUACAAAGGAGGAAGACAGCCUGGUGCAUUGUAUCAAUGUGGUAGCACAGGUGGAGGCCGGAGCUAUAAGCAUAGGAGACCACCACUACAGGGUGUGCUGUGUAUUCCAGACCGAUGACCACUCAAGGGUAGUCGGCAGUAGUGUUAAUGUAGAGCAUGGCCCCUCGCUAGAAAGCAGGCAAGCCGGAAGCGAAAUCAACAGUGGACGUGCGCAUGUAACUCUUUCCGUAAAAAAUAUGGCGGACGAACUGGUGCCAACAGUUCGUGUGGGCGACCAGGUUCACCUCCAGGCUUCAUUACGUCGACACGCAGCCUUUCAGGGCAUCCGUGUAAUCAACUGCACAGCAUAUCCCUCACUCAGAAACCCAAGCCCAUCUCGUGUACUGACUAAAGAGGAUGGAUGUGGUACGGGGAGAGAUCUGGCUGAAAUGGAAGGAUUUACCCCGCUGGAACAUUCCUCAGCAAGAGCAAUGUCUGCCCCCUUCUAUGCCUUUAAAUUCACUGGAUAUUCCGAUGUUUACUUCCGAUGCUUAGUGGCAUUAUGUGCGGAUUCGGAGGAAACUUACUGCACAACGAAUGCCAUCUGUAACAAUGUGAAUAACAGCUGGAACUUAAAAUAA